UCUAUUCCCUGCAGAUAAUACUUCAAGUAUCACAAGAUGACUUCCUUCUUUCUUCUCCUUUCCUUUCUUGUGGUUGUUGCAGCAAGCCAUGAAAGCUUAACAGCUCAAGUGUACUGGAACAAAGCCUUGCCCAAAACUCUGGUGCCAGGAGCCAUCAAAGAUUUCUUACACCCUGUGAAAAUCGAAGGACAUCAUGCCUCCAGUAGUUUUGGAUACCGUCCAGUCCUGGAGGAGGACAUGCUCUCCGGCACAAAAGUGAAGAUGCACUUCAUGAGAACCACCGCCGGCUCCGGAGCCACCUUCCUAUCCCGGCAAGCCGCCACCACCAUUCCCUUUUCAUCCGCUUCGCUGCCUGCCAUCCUCACCCACUUCUCCGUAAACCCCAACUCUGUCACCGCCAGUCAUUCAAGAAAACCCUACACGAGUGCCGAAAAGCCUGCUAUAGCCGAAGAGAACAAGUACUGUGCUACGUCCCUUGAAUCUAUGGUCGAAUAUGCCACAUCCACUCUCGGUACCCGUCAUGUUUCAGCCCUAUCGACUGUCAUGUCGAAAGAAGGUGCGCCGGAUCAAGAAUACGUGCUAUCACGCGUGAAGAAGAUGUCUGGAUCGAAUUUUGUGGCCUGUCAUGCUAGAAAAUAUCCGUAUGCAGUGUUUUAUUGCCACACGGUGCAGGGUAUAACCGCGUAUCAGGUGUCGAUGGUGGGCGAGGAUGGGACGACAGUGGAGGCAGUGGCGGCAUGCCACACAGUGUUUCUGUUUUGUUCUUUCGGCCAAUACAAAGGAAAGCUCUGCCCAUUUAAAUUCCUGCAGUCUUUCAUCAUCUCUCUGUUCGGGUUCAACAAGUGAAACAGAGACAAAAAUUCUGCAGUAAAGUUUCGUGUCUAUCUUUGGUGUUCGGUUUCUCCACAACCGGUCAAGGAAGUUUGAUUACAGCCAACACACAGCAUUGGCUGGACCGGAUCCGGUGAGGUACUUGAGGGGGCUCAAGGUCAAGCCUGGGACAGUUCCAGUGUGCCACUUUCUCCCUCAAGACGAUAUCGUGUGGAGCCCUAACAUGUAGAAUGUGGAGUUUGCCCUAACGU